AUGCCCACCUCUCUGUCCGAUGCGCUACAAAAAUUCGACGUUGAGGGCACCUUCUUUCCAUAUGCAACCUGUCCCUCCUGCAAUUCUACAACAAAAGGCCUACCAUUAGAAGAUGGUGUCUACGAUUGGCCUGAAACUUGUCCUAAUGUCAUAGUGGGGAAAGAAGGCACUGCUACUUGUGGAGCUCCCCUUCUCAUUCGUCGCAAAGACGGUACUCCUCAGCCAAUCAAGCCCUACCUUGUAGGCUCUUUCCCGGACUAUCUUGCACGCUGUCUUCUAGACUCUACUUAUUUGGAGCAAUCGGUUCGCGCCACUGAUAAAGCGUUUCACGAUAUCCAAACCGGAAAUCAUGUGAAGACGACCAGUGUUCACGAUGUGUUUGAGGCCGAAUUCAUCAGAGAUUUCCAAGGACCCAAUGGUAAACUCUUUGUAGACCGCGGGGACAAAAUACGACUUGCCUUCUCUAUUCAUCUUGACUUUUUCAAUCCUAAUGGUAUCACACAUCGAGGCGCUCAUGAUUCGAUAGGGGUAAUAUCAAGUGCAAACUUGGCACUGGAUCCUUCCAUUCGCUAUUUACCCGAGAAUAUGUUUCUUGCUGGUAUCAUACCAGGUCCAAGCGAACCCAAAGGAGGCGAAAUAGAUCACUUUGUUCAACCUGUUAUUGAU